CGCGCGUGGUUCCCGCCCGCCGGAUGUUGACGGCGUCGCCUAGCAACGGGAGAUGGCGGAGCCUGGUGGCCAGGACGGCGGGUCUCAGCUGGAAGGCGAAUCAACUUCUGAAGGAGAGGAGGCCCAGAAUAAUGAAGGCGACAGGGUGUCACCCACAGGGAAGACCGGUGACCAAAACAUUGACGAGGCUGUUGGUGCUGCCGAGCUUUCUGAAGAGGAAAUUGAAGCCUCUGGGAAAGUCACAACUGAAGGAGAAAUCGAAACUGAGGGAGAAGUGGAAACGGAGGGGGACGUGGAAACUGAGGGAGAAGUGGAAACUGAGGGAGAAGUGGAAACUGAGGGAGAAGUGGAAAUUGAUGGAGAAGUGGAAAUCAGUGGAGAAGUAGAAUCGGAAGAGGAAUUUGAAUUUGAAGGGGAUGAAGUCGAAUUUGAAUUUGAAGGGGAUGAAGUCGAAUUUGAAUUUGAAGGGGAUGAAGUCGAAUUUGAAUUUGAAGGGGAAUUCAAAUCCGAUGUGGAAGCUGCCUCCCCUGAAGGGAAAGUCAGCUCUGUAGAUCUGGCUUAUUCAGAAGUCGGUGCUGGGGCGGUGCCCCAAGAGGAAGCGGGCCCCACAUACCCGGAUGAACAUGUAGGGAGGGAACGUGUUCCUGAAGACAGAGAAGCCCCCCGUCCAUCAGAAUCCAGAGAUUUGGGGGACAUCUCCACACAGCCAUCCCGGCAAGUAGUAGACUCACCCGAGCAAAUAGGCCGGGAUGCUUCUGGACUCAGAGCUCGCAGAUCGAAAAAAUCCGGUGAAGGGCUCCAGCAGGAAGUCUUUCCUCUGGGGGCACGACACCGCCUCCGACUGAGCCAGGGGAGCAGCAUCACCUCCUCAGACUUUGACGAGCUGCUCUUGAGCACGGAGGAGCCCUUCAUCCAGGAGCUAGAUGGCCCCCCAGAGGAGCCUGGUGCGCAGCCGGGGAGAGGAGCCCCGCCGGCCUUCCUGGAACGGAUCCAGCAGCUGGGCACCGCCGAAGAAGGGACUGUCGAGAGAAUGGAGUCGGAGGGGAGUGACGAGGCCGAGGAAGACAGACACCAGCUGGUGGUUCUGGACCCCGACCACCCCCUGAUGGUAAGGUUCCAGGCUGCGCUGAAGAACCAUCUUAACCGCCAGAUAGAGAAGCUGAAACUGGAACUUCAAGAGCUGAGUGUGGCCACCAAGCAAAGCCGCGUGCAGCGGCAGGAGCUGGGCGUGGAUCUCUACGGAGUCCAGCAGCACCUGGCCCGCCUGCAGAUGCAGCUCGAGAAAAACCACGACCUCCACUCGGUUGCGGCGUGCGCCAGGCGGCAGAGGGAGGAGGAGCUUCAGAGCGUGCGCCUCCGCUACGCCAGGACCUGCGAGACCGCCAACAACGAGCGCAAGAAGCUGGCGGCUCUGCAAGCCGAGUUGGAGAGCCUGGCUCUGCAUCUCUUCUACAUGCAGAACAUAGACCAGGACUUGCGCGACGACAUCCACGUGAUGAAGCAAGUGGUGAAGAAGUCCGAGGUGGAGCGAAUGCGGGCCGAGGUGGAGAAGAAGAAGCAGGACCUUCACGUGGACCAGCUCACCGCCAAAGCCAACCAUCUGGAAGAGCAGAUCGCGCUGCUGGAGGCUCAGAGCUGUGCCCAGGCCGAGGACACGCGGGCUCUCAGGAAAGCCGUGAGCGAGGCCUGCACGGAGAUAGACGCCAUCAACAUGGAGAAAAGGCACAUCCUGCAGCAGUGGGCCACCUGCCUGGUGGGCAUGAAGCAUCGCGACGAGGCCCACAGGACCAUCCAGGAGGCACUCAGGUAUGGGCACACCCGGGAGGGCCUCCGGCUGCCCUGCAGGUGCACCGCGGAGGUGGGGGCCGCUGCACCCCGACCUCCUCCCAGAUGCGCCCACAGCGCCCUUCCUGCUGGGUCUGCUGGGACAAAGGGCGUGCACCUGCAGCCCCACAGCCUCAGCUUCCGCCCUGAAAGCUCCCUAUUGUUCACCAUCGUUCAACGUUUCUUAAGUCUUUUCAAACUUUCUGCGGUAUCGGGAGCAGCAAAGAUUUUGUGCUCAGGCUUCCUGGGAAGAUUAGGACAAACAGUGAGAGAAGGAGAAAGGGGUAUUUAUCUCCCGGAAGGAAGAGUGUCCCUCUGCUUUGCUUUUCACCGCCUGUGUGCGGAAACCAUCCCUGAGCCAUUGUUCUGCGGAGGGCCGCGUUCCAACCGCAAUCCUGUCUUAAUCUCCCCGCCAGGGGGAAGGAAGAGGGCCCUCCUCCAGUCCCCUCCGUCCCUCCUGUGUGGCUUGGCCAGGGAGUCGGGCGCAGGGGUUCCGGGCCCAGUGCUGCCUCAACUCCCCAAACCGCCCCAGGUGAUGGGGACCGAGAUGCGGUGGCUGGGUUCCCGAGGCAGCGCCCGGCGCCCGCACCCGGCACCGAGCCUGGCGGAGGGCAGAAGGAUGAAUGAACCGCUCUCGUCAGCCCUGCAGCACGGUCUGCGGUGCUCAGACAGCUGGGAGGCACUGCUCCUCUUUGGUCCUCUGGGCCCUGACUGGUGUGGGGGCUACUCUUGGGAACGUGGCUACCCCCGCGUCCCCUCUGCUGCAGACAAGAUCGCUCAGGAGAAGAAGGAGCAAAAGGAGAUCGAGCGCCACAUGAAGGACCUGGACAACGACCUGAAGAAGCUCAACGUGCUGAUAAGCAAGAACCGGAGCAGCUCCGAGGGGCUGCAGCAGGACAACCUGGUGAUGGAGAAGGAGUUCGUGCGCGCGCUGAAGGCCUCGGAGAGGGAGACCAUCGAGAUGCAGGAGAAGCUGAACCAGCUGCAGGAGGAGAAGGCGGCCACUCUGAACAACCUGGUGGAGGCAGAACACCAGAUCAUGCUUUGGGAGAAAAAAAUCCAGCUGGCAAAAGAGAUGCGUGCAUCGGUGGAUUCCGAGACCGGCCAGACAGAGAUCCGAGCCAUGAAGGCGGAGAUCCACAGGAUGAAGGUCAGGCAUGGGCAGCUGCUGAAGCAGCAGGAGAAGAUGAUCCGUGACAUGGAGCUGGCCGUUGCCCGCAGAGAGACCAUCUCGACUCAGGCCAAGGGGCAGUCCAAGGUGGACAAGAAAUUGCUCACCCGGACGGACUUCCACCACCAGCAGACAGAGCUGCGACGCAAGAUCAGGGACAUUCACAAGGCCACCGAGGAGUGCACCAAAGCCAUCUUGGAACUGGAGGAAACUCAAAAAAACCUGAGCAGCUCCCUCUUGGAGAAGCAGGAACAGCUGUCAACAAUGCAGUCCAGCAUCGACGAGCUCGAGGCCGACCUGGACCGGCUCUUGGCCCUCAAGCAACAGGCCUCCUCCUGA